AUGAGCAGCUUCAUGAUGGGAAGAAGCCCCACAAGUGCUCAGAAUAGCUCAAGCCUGAGUAUCCACCAGAGGAUCCACACCAGGGAGAGGCACUACAAAUGUGAGGAGUGUGGGACGAGAUUCAGUCAGACCUCAAACCUGAUUGCCCACCAAAGGAUCCACACUGGGAAGAGGCCCUACGAGUGUGAUAAAUGCAAGAAGAGGUUUCCCACCAGUUCCCAUCUCGUCAGGCAUUAUCGCACUCAGGUGGAUGAGAAGCCUUAUGAGUGCUGUGACUGUGGGAAGGGCUUCAAUCGAAAGUGCACCCUUGUCAGGCACGAACUCAUCCACAUCAGGGAGAGGCCCUUCGAGUGUGAUAAAUGCAGGAAGAGGUUUCAGACCAGCUCCAGUCUCCUCCUGCUCUAUCACAUUCACACCAAGGAGAGGCCGUAUCGCUGCCCCGACUGUGGGAUGGGCUUCAAGCGAAACUCCACCCUCAUCAAGCACCAGUGCAUCCACACCAGGGAGAGGCCCUGUGAGUGUCACGAGUGUGGGCACAGCUUCUCACAGAGCUCUAACUUGACCAGACACCAACAGAUUCUCCACUGAGGGAAGCCCUGCAAGUGCCCUGAGUGCAGGAAGAGUUUCGUGUGCUGCUCCAGCUCCAUCCCCCAUGGCAGGAUCCGCACUGGAUGAUCCCCAGUGACCCCCGGUGGGCAGAGCCCUGCUGAUCCCUGGUGCCGCUGAUCCGUGUUGGGAACACACCUGGCUGGGGCUUCACUUCCUCCUGGCUCCCCAUGGCCAGGAUUUUCCUUGCAAUUCCAUUUUUCCUUCCCUGACACCCAAACCAGGGCAAAAAUAAAAACAUUGAACUAA